AUGCGCCCCGGGCCGCCCCGCGCCGCGCUCCGCCUGUGGCUGGGCUGCGUCUGCCUCGCGCUGGUGCAGGCGGACAGCCCCUCCGCCCCAGUGAAUGUCACUGUCAGGCACCUCAAGGCCAACUCGGCGGUGGUGAGCUGGGAUGUCCUGGAGGACGAGGUUGUCAUCGGAUUUGCCAUCUCUCAGCAGAAGAAGGACGUGCGGAUGCUGCGCUUCAUCCAGGAGGUGAACACCACCACCCGCUCGUGUGCCCUCUGGGACCUGGAGGAGGACACUGAGUACAUUGUGCACGUGCAGGCCAUCUCCAUUCAGGGCCAGAGUCCGGCUAGCGAGCCGGUGCUCUUCAAGACACCGCGCGAGGCUGAGAAGAUGGCGUCCAAGAACAAAGAUGAGGUGACCAUGAAGGAGAUGGGGAGGAACCAGCAGCUGCGGACAGGCGAGGUGCUGAUCAUCGUCGUGGUCCUGUUCAUGUGGGCCGGCGUCAUCGCCCUCUUCUGCCGCCAGUAUGACAUUAUCAAGGACAAUGAACCCAAUAACAACAAGGAAAAAACCAAGAGUGCGUCAGAAACCAGCACACCAGAGCACCAAGGCGGGGGUCUUCUCCGCAGCAAGUUUCCAAACAAGCCCUCGGUGAACAUCAUCGAAGCGUGACUGCCUGUCUGCAGGGAGAAGGAUUUCGUUUCUCUUCUCUGCCGGUCCCCGGGUCCACGGGCACAGAGAGAGGGAAGACUGCGGUGGGGGGAGGCACAGCUGGCUGCACAGUUCUCCCUCUGCCCCCGUCCUAGUCUGGUGGAGGAGGCUGAACUACAAACCCAAAUUCUGCAAAAAAAUAAAUAAGCCACAAAACUAAAAGGCCUGGCCCUGUUCUGGAAAAGGCAAAGCUGCAUGAGACACAGCCUUCUUUCUGCCUCCUCGCCUCUCCUGGACUGGCUUCCUCUCUGAGAAAAUGCACAAAGCUCCUGGGAGAUGACAAGCACCUAGAAUGAUUCAAGCUGUGUCUUUCAGACCACGAACCAUCAGGGAAGCUGUGGGGCUGCCUGCCGGGCAGGGUCAUGGCUGCCAUCAAGCCUUUUCUGGAUCCAGCCAUCAAGGACUUGUUUGUGGUGUGAUGCAAAACGUUGCGAGUGUGUAAGAUGUUAUCUGUUUUGUUACUUUUGGAAAACAUAAUCGAAGGGCUUCACUCCAGAGGGCAGAGGGAUUCCCCGAGCUGGUUGCCUGCAUCCUCUGUCUUCUUUGGCCCUUAUUUUGACUGUGAGAUCAUCAGUCUGGGGUCUUAAGAAGACAAACUAGGAAAGAGACCUGGAAGGUAUUGGCCCCAUUUCUUUAGGAAAGUCUCUUAGAGUUGUAACAGUGCUGGCUUGCACAACUGAAGAGGUACAUCCACGGGACGUCCUGAGGGCUGCUAAAUCACCCACUCUGGAGUGGCAGCUGCUGGAAGGCAGGACUGAGCCAUUCACCACGGACAGUCAAAGCAGCCCUGGGCUCUGGGGUCUCCAUUAUCUUGCCAUCUCAUCCAGGGUUCUGUGAAAGCUACCCAGGUCCUCAUGUCCUUCCCUAGAGCCUGAGUGGUGUGAGGUGACUGGUCUCUCUCUCCACUGCCCCUUUCUGG